AUGGAUAGGCUCACAUUUCUCCAAGCUAAGCAUACUCAACUACAGGCUGAGAUAUCCCCAUUUGAAAACUCCGGUCACUUGCCCGCCUCUGUCUAUGUUGGAGUUACGAUGUAUACUGCGUUAUCUCCUGGUGACAUGUGCACGGGGGCUUGGGUGCUGUAUAGAGUGAAGCGCAUCGUGAUUGGGGAGAACGCUACGUUCAUUGGCGGCGAGUAG